UCUCUCUAGAAUACGUGUGCUGCGUACAUUUACAAAUCCAUUCGAGAAAAACCCAGCAUCGCCUCUGUGAAUCUCUGCUCACCUGUCUAGGUUAACCAGUUUUAUUAUUUUUAUCAGAUCCAUUCUCUAGUUCACUCUCAGGCGCCAUCGGACCUCCUCUUGAUAUUAUCGCCUUCCAAUAUUUUUCACUUAUUUCGAUCUCUAGAUAGAUCGAUCCUUGGAACAAUUCGCCUCCAUAAGAAUCAUCCAUUCAUUUACUUAUCUUAUAAAUAUUAAAUUAUGUUACUGAUAGGUGUAUCGAUCUGUAUCGGAUGCUAGAAAGGGAAUGGAAAGAUUGAUUAAGCUAUCUAACAGAGAUUGAAGAUGCCUGGUUUAGCUCAGACAAAUUAUCAACAAUUCACUAAUGAAAGUUUUGUAUCAGGCCAGUUAUCUUGCUCUAAUGGAUCCGUUUCCGCUAAUGGAUUUUGGUCAAACCCUAGGGAUGAUGUUAACUACUGCCAACUCCAGAAGUUCUGGGGUGAUUUGUCGAUACAAGACAGGCAAGAGCUCCUACGGAUUGACAAACAGACGCUUUUUGAACAAACUCGUAGAAAUAUGUACUGCUCCCGCUGCAAUGGGUUAUUGCUAGAAGGCUUUAUGCAAAUUGUUAUGUAUGGCAAGUCCUUACAUCUGGAAGGAACAGGCAAGCAAAAUCUUUGCCUUGGACCAGGAACUGCUAUUAAUCAAAAUAAUAGUGACCUGUGUACACCAGAAAUUUCUAUAGAUGAAGCUCAAGAUCCAUCAGUCCAUCCAUGGGGAGGUCUGACCAGUACUAAGGAUGGGAUGCUUACCUUGUUGGACUGUUAUUUAUUUUCAACGUGUUUAAUUGGACUACAGAAUGUAUUUGAUAGUGCACGUGCAAGAGAGAGGGAACGUGAAUUACUUUAUCCUUAUGCUUGUGGUGGGGCAGGUCGAGGUUGGAUAAGCCAGGGUAUGAUGGGCUACAGCAGAGGGCAUGGAACAAGGGAAACAUGUGCUCUGCAUACUACUAGACUUUCGGUUGAUACAUUGGUGGACUUUUGGUCUGCACUUGGUGAUGAAACACAACAAUCUCUUCUGAGGAUGAAAGAGGAGGAUUUUAUAGAGCGACUCAUGUACAGGUUUGAUAGCAAGAGAUUCUGCAGGGAUUGCAGAAGGAAUGUUAUACGUGAGUUCAAGGAACUAAAGGAACUAAAGCGUACGAGAGAGCCUCGCUGUAGCAGUUGGUUUUGUGCGGCUGAUACAGCCUUUCAGUAUGAGGUAUCUCAUGAUUCAGUACAAGCUGAUUGGCAACAAUCAUUCACAGAUAACACUGGAGCAUACCAUCAUUACGAAUGGGCCAUUGGUACUGGUGAAGGGAAAUCUGACAUUCUUGAAUUUGAAAAUGCUGGAAUGAGUGGAAAGGUUCAUGUUAGUGGCCUAAAUCUUGAUGGCUUGAAUGCUUGCUAUAUCACACUCAGAGCUUGGAGAAUGGAUGGCCGCUGCACAGAACUUUCUGUGAAAGCUCAUGCUUUGAAAGGUCAACAGUGUGUGCAUUGCAGGCUUAUGGUAGGUGAUGGUUAUGUUACAAUUACUAGAGGAGACAAUAUUAGAAGAUUUUUCGAGCAUGCUGAAGAGGCUGAGGAAGAAGAGGAUGAUGAUUCUGUUGAUAAGGAUGGAAAUGAACUAGACGGAGGAUGUUCUCGUCCACAAAAGCAUGCCAAGAGUCCUGAACUCGCUCGUGAAUUUCUUGUAGAUGCUGCAACUGUUAUUUUCAAGGAACAGGUUGAGAAGGCAUUUAGAGAAGGAACUGCGAGGCAAAAUGCUCAUAGCAUUUUUGUAUGUCUUGCUCUCAAACUGUUGGAAGAUCGUCUUCAUGUUGCAUGCAAAGAAAUAAUUACACUAGAAAAGCAGACAAAACUCCUUGAAGAGGAAGAAAAGGAGAAGCAAGAAGAGGAAGAGAAGAAGGAGAGAAGAAGAGCAAAAGAAAGAGACAAAAAGCUGAGGAGGAAGGAGAGAUUGAGGGAAAAGGACAAGGAGAAGAAAUCAUUUGAGGAAUCUUCUUCCGAGUCAAGUCAGAGUCCCACUGGUACUGAUGUUUCAAAGGAAGAAGUUUUGAUAAAUGAUGAUGAUGAUGAAGAUGAAGAUGAUGAGUGUAAUCUGAUUAACAAUGAAGAAGAGGUAAUAUGUGGAUCAGACGAGGCUAUUCCAUGUGUAACAAUCACCUCAAACAUGGGAGAUCACACAAAUGAUGGCUCUGACAUGGAGCCUAUCAGUGGGAAUGGUAAAAGUUCCCAUAGCCUUGAGAACCUGAAUUUGUCUCACCAAAAAAUGGCUUGCAGAAAGGACUUUGAAGUGGAUCCAAACUUGAAAUGCACCGACAUGUGGCGUCUUAAAGUUGCUUCUGAAAAUGGAGUCUCGGGUAUAUCUGAGCCAAGACAGAAUGGAUGUGAUACUGAAACUCUUGCAAAGAGCACCAAGGGGAUGAACACCAAACAACUAAGAAGUAGCAGUACAAUCAAGUUAAAUGGUAAAAAUAAUAAUGGGCAUUCAGUUGAAAGGCUCUACUGUCCAAACUGCCGGGUACGCAACAACAGAUAUGACUUUCAUGCUUGCAACUGUAGUCAACGCAAUGACUAUAAAGUUAAGGUAGACAGACAUAGGGUGGAAAUGAAGGAAGAACAUGCACCAGAUAUGUCAAAGCCUUUUUAUCGGGCUAAUAAGGUAAACCCAAUUGAGCACACACGUGAAUAUGGUGGAAGGCUGAAACCCAAGCCUCCAGGUGCCAGAAAAGUUUGGGAACCAAUGGAAUCGCAGAAAAAACAUCCCAAUAAUAGUAACAACUCAGAAGCUGCUGAUGAGGCUAUUGGGCUUUCUUCUUCAUCUACAGUAGAUGAUCAAUCUGUUGGUAAUAAAUCAAGUAGUACUCUUUCCAUAUCAUCUGUUGUAGUAGUUGCUGGUUGUGGGGUGGUAAAUGAACAAGUGAAUGAAGCAACAAAUGAGGACGAUGUUGAAAUUGAAGUUGAACCAUGUAUUAACAGCAUGUCAGGCUCUGAUAACUGUUCAUCAAGUGAAGGGGACAAGAUAACACCUUUUUCAAGUUCCCCGAACCCAGACUCUUCCUCAUCUUCCUCUGACUCUGAUGAUGCUCCAGUUCAUGUUCAGAAUAGUAACAAUGGAAGUCUGGAUAAAAAAGAUGGUACAAAGGAGGACAUGGAGAGAGGUGAGUCUAAUAUGCCAAUAAGGGCAAAUGUUAUUAGCGGUCAACAACAUCAUCAAGGGAUGGUUCAUCAGCAGAUUCAUAGUCAGAGAAUGCAUGUUCCGAUAUUUCAAGCACCUUCAACAAUAGGAUAUUACCAUCAAGUCCCUCCUCCUGUUCCUUGGCCUUACCACCACCAUCACCCAGUAUUUACUACUCCUAUUGGAUAUGGAAUAAAUGGGAACCCGCACUACAUACAGUACGGUUCUUCACUACAUCUCCCCCCUUCUAUGGUGGUAAGCCCUGGUCCGUUGCCUGAUUAUCAGCCGAUUGCUAGAUCUAAUAAUAAUAAUAGUAAUGGGAUGGAAUCAUUGAAUCAAACUAAGAUGAUGAUGAUGAUGCCUAAGCAGCAGACACAGCCUAGUGAGACUCACAAGGAAGCAGAAUUACAACCAACAAAGAGAAAUAAUGAGAAUUCAGGGUUUUCUCUGUUCCAUUUUGGUGGUCCGGCAGGGCUUUCAAAUCAUCAUAAUGUGGGGAGUAAAGAAGGGCUUGUUGAGGAACUAUCUUCGAAAUUCUUGGUGAAUCCGGUUGGUGUUGAUGGUUGUGAUAAAAAAGAGAAUAAUAUUAUGGAAGAGUAUAAUUUGUUUGCGGCAGCAGGCAAUGGCAUCAGAUUUUCCUUCCUUUAAUAAAGGUACUACUCUACUACUGGGUGGUUGUGAAUUCAAUCCUCCUCCAGUUCAGCACUUAUAGUUCAAGUAAGUAUGCUGUAAGUUGAAACUCAAUAAUCUCUUUUUCCUACAAAGUUUUCAGCAUAUAUAAGGGUUUUUUUGGUUUGGUUUUGUUU